UUCUUUUUGACCUAAAUGAAUCUGAUGCAGUGCCGUAAAGUUAAUGGAACAAAUAAAGUUUGUAACAAACACGAACUUUCUUCUUACAGCAUAAGCAGCACUAUUAUGGAUGUAGACAGCACAAUUUCCAGUGGACGUUCAACUCCGGUGAUGAUGAAUGGACAAGGAGUUCCUGCCUCCUCUGCAAAAAGCAUUGCUUAUAACUGUUGUUGGGAUCACUGCCACGCUUGCUUCAGCUCCAGCCCGGAUUUGGCAGAUCAUAUUCGCUCCAUACAUGUGGAUGGUCAGCGAGGAGGGGUGUUUGUUUGCUUGUGGAAGGGUUGCAAAGUUUAUAAUACACCUUCAACGAGUCAAAGUUGGUUGCAGAGGCAUAUGCUGACACACAGUGGGGACAAACCUUUCAAGUGUGUAGUUGGUGGGUGCAAUGCCAGCUUUGCAUCUCAGGGAGGACUUGCCCGUCAUGUGCCCACACACUUCAGCCAGCAAAACUCUUCAAAAGUUGCCAGUCAGCCAAAGGCCAAAGAGGAAUCUCCAUCUAAAGCUGGAAUGAAUAAAAGAAGAAAGUUAAAGAAUAAGAGACGACGAUCAUUACCAAGACCUCAUGACUUCUUUGAUGCACAAACACUGGAUGCUAUAAGACAUCGAGCCAUCUGUUUUAACCUCUCAGCGCAUAUAGAAAGCUUAGGAAAAGGCCACAGUGUUGUAUUUCACAGUACUGUAAUAGCUAAAAGAAAAGAAGAUUCUGGAAAAAUAAAACUCUUGCUUCAUUGGACACCAGAGGACAUUCUGCCUGAUGUGUGGGUAAAUGAAAGUGAGCGACAUCAGUUAAAAACUAAAGUAGUUCAUUUAUCAAAACUACCAAAAGAUACUGCCUUGCUUCUGGACCCAAACAUAUACAGAAAUUCUAGUAAAGGAGGUACAUACAGUGGAAUCCUGAAAGAUCACUUCUGUUAAGAUCACAUGCUGAACAAUGCCCCAGAAGAGGUUGAAGAGGUAAAAACCAAGCGAGUGGGGACACCUGCAGUCUUAGUCACUGACAAUGGAUUUAGAAAUAAAGUUGCACAUUAGUCAAAUCCCAUCUUUUUUUUUUAUAAAUAUUUAUGCUUAGUGUAAACAUUCUGUGAAUGAAGUUGAUGCUUCUGUGGAAUAUAUUAAUAUAUUACUGUAUAUCCACAUUUUCAUGGAAUGGUACAGUGGGAGAUUGAGCAAACACUCUUCUGGCAACUUAGUGGAACAACUAAAAGGCUUUGCAUGCUUUCUUCUUUAAGCUGCUUUUUUUCCUUAGUGAAUACAGUAGUUUAUAUUGAUGAAAAGAAAGUAACCGUCACCAUUUACUCACAAUUCCCAGGAGAACUGCUAACAAGCUAUUAGGCUUCUUAUCAGUGUGAACUAAAUACAACACAUCCCAGACAACAGGAUGGCUACCAAGGGGUUAUUCUGUCACCCUUUCAAUAUGGUGGAUAGUAAUCAUUUGUCAUUUGUAACUUCAUGUCCUUUUGCAGAUCCAUAAAAUAUGUUGAAUAAUAUUCAAGGAAAAAGAACAAAAACAAGAAACGUGUUGAUGGAAUGCUUGUCUUUUCCAUUCAACUAUGAAUGCAUAUAUACGGUUUAAAGAUGUUAAGAGUGUUGCAGUAUGUCUGAUCCCCCUUUUCAGGAGUAGUAUAGUAUGUUAAUGAGAUCUUUUUUUUGUGAUCCAUAUCAAUGGACGGUUUUUGAAAAACCUUUACUUAAGCAAUUAGUGUUAUUUGUGUUUUCUUUUACUUUUUUGAAUCUGUAGAAUCCCCAUUCACUUGUAAAGUAUACUUUUUUUUUAUUUGGCCUAAUGUUUUCUAGUUGUAAAGAAAAUGGUAUUUUUAAAAAAAAUAUCUAGAAAUUCAAUCCUUUAUGCACCAAAGUUGGCUUUGAAAAGGAAAGUAAAAUCACUUUCUUGCUUAAUAAGCAAGAAGCCGUGGAUUUUUUUAACUGACAAAUAGAGAUGUGUCUAACCUGUUAGUCUUUGUAUGGAGACAAAAAUGUUGCAUAUAGAUAAUAGGACUUUGCUUGUAAAUAUUUCAGCAGAUUUGUAAUAUAUUUUUAUAUUAUGAAAUGUACUGUAGAUGUUUUUCUAGAGGCAUGAAAGUUAAAAUGUAUAUAUUACGGUAGAAAUAAUAUUGAAGGAUAUUGUAAUUCACUAGUGCUGCCAGAAGAAUUGUUUAAAAAAAGCACCUUCCUUAACAAUAAAAACCCCUUCUUUUACAUACCUAAGGGACUAUAUACUACUGUUAAUAUCUGUUGUAAGAACAAAAACACAUUGAACAUCCUUCCCAGAAAUCUUUGAGGGAUGAAUAGUACCCAUAAUUAGUUCAUGGCGCUCCUUUCUAAUAGUGAACACAAAAUUAGUUUUUUUCCUUGCUGUUGGAAGGAACUAAUACGUAAAAUUUAUAUGGAUAUAUGCAGUCAAACUGCAGAGUUAGUCCUCCUUGUUGGGGAGGAGUUUACUACAGUGAAACUAAUAACCAGCAGUUUUUACACUAAAUCUUUAUUAAAUAGAAUAAAACUUAGAAGUAACCCUUUGGUUGCAGAAGUGAGCGUACCCUAGUAUAAUACAAAUGCAUUCUGCAUUGGUACUGACACGAGAGUCUUGCUUAGCUCCGAUGGGUUAAAAAUAUUACUUAUAUACAUGAAAAAAAAAAUCUUAUCAAGCAUAAUAAAGUGCAGAUUAAAAGCACCACUAAUAUAAGAUGUUCUGGAAUGGUUGUUUAAUAAGGGUAUUAUUCAUAAAAUCUGUUGUGAUGUGACUUUAUUUUUGGAAAAAAAAUGCAGUGUUUUUUUUUUUGCUUGAGCACUUCACCUACUGCUUUUUCUGUACCUAUAAAAUAAUCCACAAUCUUUGUUUCUUUUAUGAAUUUGUUAUAAAAUUGCCAAAUAGAAGUGUUUCAGAUAUAGUUUGUAUUUGUAUUUUUUUAAUUUUAUUGCUUCAUGAGUUUCUUGUAAGUCAUUUAUAAUUGACAGAUGAUUGUAGACCUUGCCUGAGUAUUUUUUCUAAUAAAACAAAGCAAACAAACCUCA